AUGUCAGAGAAGGCAUCUGAAGAAAGACCUAUACGGCUGGCCGUUCUGGGGGGUUCAUCUACUGGAAAGACAUCCCUGGUAUCUAGGCUUACUGUUAAUAUUGUCCACGAGGUUCACUAUCCGACAAGAAACCAAACCAACUGGCUUUUUGAUUUUGUUCCCAAAUCGAUCUUGGCCAGGGCCAUACUGGAUGAACAAGCUCAUGAAAGACUUUGCCUUCGCUCCCCGAGCAGUCAAACAUUAGAGCCCAUUUUUCCAUCCCCAGAAAUAUCUAAGAAUGUAUUACUGUCGCCGUUGGUGUUUCAGGCGUCCACCGAUGAUUUCCAAACGGUGAGAUUACAGAAUAAGAGCCAUUCCAAGAGAUCGCUAUCCUUGGAGAAAUCUGAUUCUUCAUCGUACCAAACUAUUUAUAAUGAAGCUUACUUUAAAGGUGUUUCCAAUGAUAAGAGAGACCAGUUUAAUGUUAUUGACAACUUUAGGUUGCCCCUAAAUUAUAUCCCCCCCACAUAUGUACCCAUUCAAAUUGAUAUUAUUGACACACCUGGCUUUAGUCCUGACAACGUGGUGCCGUUUUUAGAAGUCUCUCUGUUCCGGAAUUUAGGAAAAUCCAUUUUACAUGGGUUAGCAGAUGAGCCAAGACAGCCCGUAUCCACAACUUCAUUAUUGGUUGCCUCUGGUGCUUCUGAGUUAAACGGUAAAAUUGACGGCUACGUUUUAGUUUACAGCGCCGUCCCUGAAUUAAACCAUAUUGGAGGCCCUCCGGAAUAUGGAUAUGAUGUAUCAAAAACGAAUGCAGAGGAAGUUAACGAUGGAGGAUUUGAGUUACUAAAAGUAAUCAGGAACUGCAUUUUAGAUGCUUGGACUGAGUUUCGAAAUUAUGAAAAAAGAUGGGAAGAAGGUAAAGAAGACGAUAUAUAUUCAUUGGUCUACAGUUUGAAACAUCUUUGGGGCAAAAAUAGUAAAGAAAAAAACGCCAGGAUUGAGCAAUUAAGAUCAUAUAAUACCAAACUAAAAUCUAUUGAAUUAGACCCCUCAUCUGUCGAUUCACCACCACCAUGCAUAAUCGUUUGUUCUCAUAUUAAUCAUGAACUAGCAAGUCCAAUGCUAACUGAAAUGGGAAGAAAGUUGGCAACAAAGUGGAAAUAUGGAUUUGUUGGCAUAGAUAGCAUGGAUGAUCGAAAUGUUGAUGUAGCCAUUAGCUUAUUAGUCAAGGAAAUAUCAGAAAAAAUGAAGUUGUUAGUUCCAAAUUCCAACGGAAAUGGUAGUGGCAAUUCAUCUCCAGUUUAUAACCCUCACUUGAUGAAUGAUAAGAAGAAAGGCAACAACAACAGUUUAAACACCAGUGUGUUGAAAAAAAUUAUCAGAUGA